AUGUACAAGACGUGCGGGGAGGCCAACAUCCUGCUGAUGAAGGCGGCGGCUGCGGCCGGCGUGCCGCGCUUUGCGUUCAUUUCGGUGCACGAGUUCAAGCUGUCGAGGGGCUGGCAUGCACAGGACUUCCUUCUCAAGGGCUACUUCCAGGGGAAGAGGGAUGCGGAGGCGGAGCUGGCCGUCUCCUUUCCCACAGGCGGCGUGGCCUUGCGGCCGGGCUUCAUCCAUGGCGAGCGGGAUGUGGGUUCAGUGUCGCUGCCCCUCAGCGUGGUCGGCACACCCUGGGCCAAGUUGCUGAGUGCCCUGCCUUCACAGUCACUGGCGGACCUCCCCAUCGUCGGCGCGGCGUUCGUGCCCCCCGUCCCGGUCGAGGUCGUGGGCAGGGCAGCGGUUGCGGCCGUGCUGGAUGCCAGCGUGCCGCCCGGCAUCAUGGAUGUGUGGCAGAUCCAGAAGUAUGGCGCAGCCCCCGGCGCCUAG